AUGGGCGAUUUGAUACCUCUUCACGUAAAACGCAACAGAAGCAUGAAACCAGCUACUAGCCAAAGAUGUGUAGCACCUUGGAGCGAGUUUCUAGACGACAACAAGAACGGCAUGAAGACUGUUACAGAGCUGUGGUGGGAUAUUGGUAAAGACAACUAUACAUUUCGCUCUGGAGAGGAUUCUAAGGUCCAAGGCAAGUUGCCAUUCAGAGAUGCUGAUAUGUCAUUGUGUCAGGAUCCCAUGUGGAAAGAUUAUGGACAGAAGCACAGACGUCAAGCUCGGUCAUUACCAACAAGCUGCGAAUCGUUAUCAACAACAUCAAGUCCAUGGCGUCAGUAUGUACGGGCUGAUUCUGCUUCAAAGAAUGAUUUUUCAUUCAACAACUCAGGUAAUCCUUGGGCUACUCAAGAGUAUGUAAAGACUGGAAGUUUGUACAUCCUCCGCAGAAUGAAUCCAAUAAACGAUUUCUGGGUGAGGCCUGAAGCCUGUUGUGAAGCACUGAAAGGCAUGAUAACUGAAGCAGACCUGGAACCACACGCACCUGAAGAUGAUGAACCACAGACAUCAUUUUGGAGUCAAUUCCAAGCUUCAGUAGCCUCCUCUUCAAGAACUGCAACACUCUCCGCAGUUUUGUCUACAAUUAGUGAGCAAGAUGAAGACAAAGAGUAUAUCAAUGAGUAUGAAUCCAACAACAUUGUGGUUGCGCCACCCCAACAGUAG